CCAUCCAGACGAGACGAUGAGAAAUCUUUGUCUUUCCAUCGUUCUUCUGACAUUAGUGCUUCUCGCGAUAACGGAAACGUCCGCCAAGAAUCGAUUGAACAUCGACAAAGAGGAACGAAACGCGCUGAAGUCGUUCGAUGUCAGAACAAAGAAGAUCAAAUACAAAGCUCGCGAAUUUACGAGCGAAAACAACUCGGCCGAAGGUCUUCAAGGUAAGAAGUUCGUGAGAGUUCAAUCGCGAUCGAAUAACUUCCACGACAGAAAACGACGUUCGAUUUUCAACGAAGUGAACGAAAGAAACGGAGGAGAUAAAGGAAGAUUCAGAAGAAACGUGACCGAAUUAGACGACUUCAAAGGUGCGAAGAAAAGCUACACGAAAUUGAAGUUGGCGCAGACUCAAAGUAGUUUGAAAAAUUGGAAGAACAAAGAUGGUAGGAAAUAUGUGGACGAAGAAACGACGAAGAAGCGAAUCAAGCGGCGACAAUUAAAUUAUCAUGUUAAUGGAGGAAGAUCGAAGAGGGACGACAAAUCUGAUUACUACGCUCAGAGAAGAGCUGUCAUGGAAAGAUUUUACGCUCGACAGAAAGAGAUAGCUGAGAAAUAUGCUAAAAAAUUGUCCACUACUCCUAAAUAUAUCUAUACGUUGGAUUUAGACACGAAUAAAGAACUCGGUACAACUACUUUUGCUACGACACAGACUCCGGAACCAGUUACGAAAGCUACAACAAAAGUGGAUCGUGAUAGUUAUCCCAAACAAGUUCAGCCUACGGAAUAUUCGUCCGAAGUGAAUAACGAAGAGGAUGUAUCGGGUGACUACGAUUAUUAUACAAUAGACGAUAAUAAACCACGUUCUAAUGCAAAUUCUGUAAACUUCGUUAAUGACGAGCCAUGGAGCGCAGAUGAUAGCAAGAAGGACACAAUGAAAUGGGGUACUUGCGCGGGAAACUUAGUGUACCAACAUAAUCUGAAAGUGAACGUGCACAAUUCGACGUCCGUCCAAGUGAAUUUGACAGCUUCGGUAGAGGGACCAUUCUGCAUCGCCUGCAUCAGAGCUUUACCAAUGAACAAGACCCGAGCCACCGUAUCAUUCGACGUUAAUCGCGCAGCAGACGGUACGUUUAACUUCGUGCAACUCUUAAUUACAGAUUUCCAGCAAGGAUUGCUGUCGUACAUUAUAAAAAUCUGGGCUGUUGAUAAAACGGGCGAUCGUUGCGACAGAGUUAAACCUUAAACGAUCAAUUAGCCGGAUGAUCUGAUGAUUCUACGAUCGUAAAAUUAGUAACGAGAUCAUGUAUCGACGUACAUAGAAUACUGACGUGAAAUACACAACGUUUACAUACAUCGAA